GUCACAUGACGUGACAUCCAUCUACCUCAAUGUGUUUACUUGAAAUUGAUAAUGCAGUCUUGGGAUACGAGUUCACACAUUAAGGACAAUGUAUCCCUUUUUCAUAUAUUAGUCUGAACAUUACUUAUGUCGUGUGUGAAUAUCCAAUUGGUAGUGGACUUCGACCUCAAAACAGCGGUAUCUACCUGUGCUCUGAACAAGGAAGGAAGUGUUGCAUUCUCUCAGGUUCCAUCGACCCGUGGCCAUUUGUUAAUGACAACGCCGACUUUUCACAUUGUCAGUCGAAUUGAGUUUUAGUUUGAAAAACAAAUAAUGUCUAUUUGAUGGUGGCAAGUUCUCAACAGUCACUUUGUCGUGCCAUUAAAUUGUAUUCUUCAAAGUUGAACUUAUUCAAAGGACACAAUCUGUUUAAGAAGCCAAUCUGAGCAAGAUGAACAUCUCUUUGAAGUACAUGGAUCCAAGUUCCGCAGAAAAUGAUACAAUUGUACAUCUAGCAGCACCUAUCCUGCCAGACAAGUCAGACAUCUCCAACAUGACUAUUAUCCGGACAGGGAAUGGAUCAAUAAUAGAAGAUCAAAUGUUUCUCAACACUACAGCCGCUCAAGUGUUGUCAGGGAUAUUUGUGUGGUCCGCACUUAUGAUCACUUGCCAUCAGAUUUACACACACCUGAGGUCAUAUACCGUUCCCAACGAGCAGCGUUACAUCAUUCGUAUCCUCUUCAUCGUGCCAGUCUACGCCUUCGACUCCUGGCUCAGCCUGCUCUUCAUCAGCAAUGACCAGUACUACGUCUACUUUGACUCCGUUCGAGAUUGCUAUGAAGCGUUUGUCAUUUACAAUUUCCUGAGCCUGUCCUUCGAGUAUCUUGGGGGAGAGAGUGCAAUCAUGUCAGAGAUCCGAGGGAAGCCCAUUCAGUCAAGCUGUCUGUACGGUACCUGCUGUUUGGUUGGAAUGAGCUACUCUAUUGGCUUUUUAAGAUUCUGUAAACAGGCAACUCUGCAGUUCUGUGUUGUCAAACCCAUCAUGGCUGUCAUCACCAUCCUCCUGCAGGCCUUUGGCAAAUACCAUGACGGAGACUUUAAUGUGACUGGAGGCUACCUUUACAUAACCAUUAUCUAUAACUUCUCUGUCAGCCUGUCGCUCUACGCUCUCUUCCUCUUCUUCUUUGCUACGAGUGACCUGCUGAGGCCUUACGAACCCGUCCUCAAGUUCCUCACUAUCAAAUCUGUUAUCUUUCUGUCCUUCUGGCAAGGUAUGGUGCUGGCCAUCCUGGAGCGCUGUGGGGUCAUCCCCAACGCCCUAUUCAUCGACGGACAGGAAGUGGGCGCUGGUACGGUGGCAGCAGGCUGGCAGAACUUCACCAUCUGUAUCGAGAUGUUCUUUGCUGCCAUAGCCCUGCGCUACGCCUUCACCUGUACGGUGUAUCAGGAGAAGAAGAACGAAGUGCCAGACAACAACGCCCCCAUGCAGAGCAUCUCUAGCGGCCUCAAGGAGACGAUGAACCCUGGAGAUAUGGUACAGGAUGCCAUCCACAACUUCUCCCCAGCCUACCAGCAGUAUACCCAGCAAUCCACACAAGAGGUGGUGCAGCCCAGCCAGAAUGGCAAGACAGGCAACGGCAAGGGCUCCAGAAAGUCUGACAAAGUCAUGCUGAUCACCUCCGACGACGAGUUCUAGGGAGCCGUCUGCCUGCCCAGCGGUGUCCUUGUUUGUUUGUCCGCUUUUCUUCGCCACCCCAGGUAAACACUUGUGCUGCACGUGACUUGAGGUAGAAUCUGUGUGCUCGAUUUCCAUCUUGUUUCAUCUGAGUUAGGAAAAUGAACUCUUUACUUUUGUCCUGUUUUUAUGAAUAAUACCCAAAGAUAGGAUCAAGAGGUGGAUGAAAUGAGGAUUUUUAAUUGGCUCGUACGAUGAGGUGGGGUUUGUCUCUUCCCUGCUAGUUAUAAUUCCACAGGAGGGCAGCCUGUCUGUUGAACCAUAUCAGGUAUAGCUGUAACUAUGCAAUUCUUUCCAUAAGUUUAUUCAGGGGUGUCGUGAUCCUGAUUCUGUAUCAGAGUAGCUGUGAAUGAGCUCUCUGGCCACUGAAGUAUGUAGUCCUCUCGGAUUCAUGUCAGUUUCAAAGAAAGGCUGAUUAAUGUGAGACUUCAGGAGCUAGGGAGCCUAGCAAGCAGGCGAUGGCUGGGACUGGCACUUCGGGGACUGUCUCUUGCAUUUGCUUGUUUGAAGUAUUUGCUCAGCAGUUCUCUGUUGGGUUCCCCAACGAACGGAAGAAUUCUUUCAAAGACAUGCUGGCUUUGGAGCAAGCACUUCAAACUGUAGACUUUGACGCUUUGAAAUCCUUUGUAUCUAACAUGCAAUGGACAAAUUGGGGGAUAAGCCAAGCUCCCACCAACUGGAGGGUUAUGGUAUUCUCAUUAAUUUUCUCAGCAUGCGAUAGAGUGUAUAAUUAAGCUGACUCACACAGUGGUUCAACAGCCUUUAAAACAAUCCUACAUGUAUGCAACAUCUGCAGUAUUGUAAAUACUUUCUGUAAUACCUUCUUAUCUGAUGUUCCAGUUUAUUUAGGUGGGAAGUUGUACAGAAAUUACUUGCAUGAUUCAAUUAUAUUAUUAGCAGCUGUUUAAGUUAACAUUUUUGAUAUUUGUGUAAAUGCAUGGUAUUCCAGUAGUAUUGUUUGUGUAAUUUCACAAGCCAGAUUUAUAUCGAGCAUUGAUGGUUUAUGAUUUGUUAAUUCUAUUUUUUGUUUCAAGGAAAAAAGAAUAGUAAUACAGUGUGUACUGUAUCUGGUGCGUAGAGGAACAUAACCCACUAGUUGUGGGCUCAGAUAAUGAUUGUACUUUUUUUAUUAGCUGUUUGGAGACAUGGGAUCAUUUUCUGAUGCCCUUGUGUGCCAAUGAUUGCUGCCUUACAGGGAAAGCAGACAAAGUUGGGAAGUGACCCUUCCGUUGUAGGGUUAUUAUGAAGCUAUGUUGACUGCUAGAUUUGUAUUUGGUUGCAGAUUACAUUUUAGUGUGUCCUUUUUCCUUGUGACAUUUUGCACUCAUGUCAAAAUAAACGAAUAAUUUGAUGUAUA